AUGAAGAUCCCCAGGGCUCUCCUGCUAGCAUCCUCAAUCCCAACCUUAACAUGGGCCUGGUCAAGGGCCCCCAUCCGGACAGGACUCGAGGUGCUCCGGGCAAGCAACUACUCGCAGCUGGCCGGCCGGAAGGUCAUCAUCCUCAGCAAUCCAACCGGGGUAACUCCCGAGCUCAAUCUGGGCGUGGAUGUCAUGUUUGAAUCCGGUGCUGUCGAUCUCGUUGGCGUUAUGGGACCAGAGCAUGGGUUUCGAGGAACUGCUCAAGCUGGAGGGUCAGAGGGGACUUUCACGGAUGAACAGACUGGGCUGACUGUUUACGAUGCAUACAAUGUCAACACGAGUACGCUUGUGCGGUACAUCGCCGAAUCCGGUGCUGACACUGUUCUCUUCGAUAUUCAGGAUGUCGGGGCACGCUUCUAUACCUAUACAUGGGCCAUGUACGACACAAUGGUGGCAGAAGCCCUAACUAACACAACCUACAUGGUCCUGGACCGCCCCAAUCCCAUCACCGGCUUGAACGCAUUCGGACCCGUUCUCGACCAAACAAAGUACAACUCGUAUGUUGGACGGCGCGCUAUUGCACAAGCCCACGGUAUGACCUCUGGCGAACUGGCCAAGAUGUUCGUUGGUGAGAAGUGGAUUCAGGAGGCUGCGAAUGGCUCCGAGUUGGCGCUGGAGGUUGUUCAGAUGGAGGGAUGGGAGAGAUGGAUGACAUGGGCUGACACUGGGUUGCCUUGGGUGAUACCCAGUCCGAAUAUGCCUACUCCUGACUCGGCGUUGAUAUACCCGGGCACCUGCAUGUUCGAGGGAACCAGCAUCUCAGAGGGGCGUGGUACAACACGUCCAUUCGAGCUCCUCGGCGCAACCUUCACAAAUACCACCUGGGUCGACAAAAUGCGCAGCCUCAACAUCCCCAAGACGAACUACCGUUUCGCCUGCUUCAGUCCAACAGCCUCCAAAUUCACGUCACAAAUCGUCUGCGGUCUCCAGUCUUACGUCUCACUCCAUGGCCCGUCCGACUAUGAAUCAUUCGACCCUGUCUAUCUGGGCGUUGCGUUGCUCUGGUCUGCGAAACAGCUCUACACCAACACUACCGAUUCUGGAUAUGGUAAUACGACGGGGAGUUUCCAUUGGCUUUUCAAUUCGGGUGAUUCCAGUCAAUAUGAUGUGGAUACGUUGACGGGUGGUACCUUGGUGAGGGAGGGUAUUGAGGCUGGUUGGUCCCCGGAUCAGAUUCGGGGGGCGUGGGAGAGUGACUUGCGUGAGUUUAAGAAGAAGAGAGAGUCUUAUUUACUAUAUUGA